UUGAACCGCUCUCUUUAGUAGUGGAACCGAUAGCUGCCGUCGUGUGGGAGAAGCAUCCACCACUGAUUUACACGUUUUUCUUGGAUUUAAUUCUGUGUUUUUUUUAAAAGAAGUUUGACAGAAGUGCGCUCAGUUUGGAGUCCACAAGGAUUUACGGGGUAUGAAAGUGGAGCGGACGCUUCAAACAAAGUAAAAGAGGAGGUAGACCUGUCCGUUUGAUGGCUGCUGGGGAUGGAGCCCAGCUGCCGGCCACAGUAGCGGCCAGCCGGAGCGUGGAGAAGGCGCUUGAGGAGGCUGCCGCGAGCGGGGCUCUCAACUUGUCCAACCGAAAACUGAAGGAGUUUCCCCGAACCGCCAGGAACUACGACCUGUCCGACGUUACACAUGCAGAUCUGUCCAAGAACCGUCUCUGUGAGCUGCCGGACGAGCUCUGUCAGUUCAUCUCCCUGGAGACACUGAGCCUUUACCACAAUGGGAUGCGCUCGCUGUGCUCCAGCCUGGCCAACCUCCAGGCCCUCACCUACCUCAACCUCAGUCGUAAUCUUCUGUCCAGUUUACCCCCGUCAGUGUUUCAGCUUCCCCUCCUGCGAGUGCUCAUCGUCAGCAACAACAAGCUGUCUUCACUCCCCGCCUCCAUAUUCUCCCUCACACACCUCCGGCAGCUGGAUGUGAGCUGCAAUGAGCUGCAGUGUUUGCCUGCAGAGCUCGGUCAGCUAGAGUGUCUGAGGGACCUGAACCUGAGGAGGAACCAGCUCACCACCUUGCCUGAAGAAAUAUCCGAGCUGCCUCUUGUCCGACUCGAUGUGUCCUGCAACCGCAUUUCCCGCGUGCCCCUGUGCUACCGCCACCUGCGGCACCUCCAGAGCAUCUCGCUGGACAACAACCCGCUGCAAAUGCCGCCUGCGCAGAUCUGCUCCAAGGGCAAAUACCACAUCUUCAAGUACCUCAACAUGGAGGCCUGCAAGAGGAGCCAGGAGGAGCUGGAGAGACACCUGAGACCUACUGGAUUUAACAGCUGUCUGUCCGACCAGGAGCUGUUCACCGGUCAGUUUGGUGGACUGGACUCUGGCUUCAACAGUGUGGACAGCGGCAGCAAAAGAUGGUCUGGGAAUGAGUCAGCAGAUGACUUCUCAGAGCGCUCCCUCCGCAUGGCCGAGGUCAGCAGAGACCAGAGGAACCUGGAGGAGGAGGAGGAGGAGGAUGGGUCCCCUCUGGAAGCUAACAAAGUGAACGGAGAGGCUGAGCAGGUGGACUUCAUUGACAGUAGCGUGACAGAGGAAGAGGAGGAAGAGAUCAGGACGUACCCACCCACACCUCCUCUCACCGCACCUCCUCUGGAACAGAAGGAGAGAUCUUCACCGUCCCAGAGCCACGACUCAACGACAUGCAGGUCCAGCCUCCACGUGGAACUGGGACCCCCAUCGUCCACCUCCUCGUCUCCCCUGUCCCCCUCCAGCCCUUCCCUGGAGGAGCGAAAGAGGCCAGGCACCUUGUUCAUCUGGCAGGAGAGAGAGCGACUGCAGCAGCAGCAGAGAGAGAAAGCCAGUUUGCUGAAGUCGACGACCAAAACAGGAAGUCAUGCGGCCACGGCACCACAGACAGGAAGUAGCUCGACUGGUGCAUCACCAGAGAACAGCAACUCCCACCCAGGCCUGAGGCAGAGAUGUGCAAGUGCAGAACAGAUGAGCACAGCGACUCCUUCAGUACUUCUACACCGUUCCUACAGUAGAACAGAUGUCCCGUCCUCCCCAAAGACGUCCCCGCCGCCCGGCCAGGCCCAGAAACCCAACAGCUUCCUGUUCCGCACCUCCUCCCGCAGCGGCAUCAAACCGGCAGGAGCGAUGUUUACUCUGGGGGAGUCCGGCAGGAGCGAGUCUCGCAUGACGCUGCGAUCUCCGAAAGAGGAGAGGCCAGAGAUCACGCAACUACGCAAGAGUCUGGAGUCUCGGCUGAAGAUCACUCUGCCGGAGGAUCUGGGCGACGCCUUGUCCAACGGCACCGUCCUCUGCCAGCUGGUCAAUCAGAUUCGACCGCGCUCCGUGUCCAUCAUCCACAUUCCCUCCCCAGCAGUGCCAAAACUGAGCUCAGCAAAGUGUCGACUCAACGUGGAAAACUUCAUCGCUGCUUGUCGCAAGUUGGGAGUCCCUGAGGACUCUGUGUGUUCCCCUCAGCUGAUCCUGGAGGACGAGGGGCUGAGUCGGCUGGCCCAGACAGUCCAGGUGUUGGUCGACCUGGCUGAUGGCUCCCAGAAGGCCCCGAAACUGGAACCGUCAGGGGCUCCUGGCUCAGCACAGUGCUAAAUAUCAUGUAGCUGCAUCCGCAAAGGAUCAGCGUCACAUCUUGUUUUUCAUACGCUUCAAAUUCUGUAUUAUUCCACUGAUGUUAAAGUGAGGCUCAUCGUGUCCAUCUUCCCAGCAUCAAAUACACCGUCAUGGUUUAAAGAAGUCUUCCUAUCUUUUUUCACGUCUUAAAGUCAGGAUUGUCUUGAGUGUUAGAUUUGGAGUCAGGAUGUAGUUAGCCUAGCUUAGCAUCUAGACCCGAAGCACUUUGUUUAAUGUGUAACAGAUCUGUGACACAACGACACAGAGGUAUCUGCUGGAUCUAUUUCUUGACUUACCAUUCUGUAUCCAUCCGCCUGGUAGUUCCAGAAACUGCCUCUGGCUGUGGCACAGGUAUCCACAUGCAGCUGGUGAGUACAGAUACAGGUUUUGGUCCCUUGAGUCAGCAUCGGUUUGGUCCGAGGACUGCAGGUUUGAAAAGAAAGGGUGGGGGGGGGGGGGUUAGAAUGCAUCUCUGCUGCAGGCUAAAGGCUACAUUAACCACAUCCAAAUCUUUGACCUCACUGCUAGGAGUUGAGUUGCAUUGUGGGUAAUGUAUAUAUGUAUGAAUGUGUAAAGUUAAAAAAAAAAAAAAAAGACUGCACAGUUAGGAUCUGCUGGUGGAGGUUUGUUUUUUUGUUUUAAAAACUGCGCAGUACUCCUUUAGUGCACAGAAAUAAACGUGCCAUCAAUCCUCUCAUUUAACUGUCAGAAAGAAAGUAAAUAUGAGCGUUUCCAAAAAUGUUGAACUGUUCUUUUAAUCCCUGACGGAGGCAUUACAGACGUAGUAACUACCACAGAAAAUUGGAUCUGACUGAGGGACAGCUCAGAGGAACGCUAAGAGCAUACUGAAAGCAAAAUUACACUGAAAACAUUCAAAUAAGGUAGAUGUUCAGAUGUCUGCAUUCCACUUUUAACAGUGUGGAAAAUAACAUGUUAUCAGCAGCAGCAGACAAAAAAAACAAGGCAAAUGAGAGACAGGUGAUCAUCUUUUGGAGCGGGCGAUUAUUUCAGGUUUAUAUCGGAAAAAAGCGGAAACCGGGUUUCACGCCUUUAAACCUGUGAAAGAGUCGACCGGUGUCAGGAAGCAUAGCAAAACGCCUUCAAUAGAAAGGCUGGUGAACCGAGCAGAACAGUUGCAAAGCUCUGGUUCCAGUCUCCACAGCACACCAGUGAAUGGAUUCAGCUGUGUGGCCCCCUCCAAUCAAAAGGCGCGUUGGCGUCGGUUAAGAACGCCGUUCGCCUGGCGCAAACUGGUUCACGAUCUGCUUCCUGUUUUUAAUCAAACACAAACCAAUCCUCCCACCUCCCUCUAAAAAGGUGGGUUUACCUGCAUAACAUAGACCUCCCGUGGGGUUCUAGCCCUGCAGAUACCUUCUGAAUUGUAUAUGUUUUUAGAUCAUUUCUAAAAAAAAUCUUUCUUAUCAUGAGUUAAACAGGAUAUAAGCACAAAACAAUCAGGUGAAAAUUGAUUUACUGUGCCUCCAUUUUUGGAGACAUUUUGGAAAAUAUACACCAUGGAAAGUUAUCUUGUAUUAGCAGACAUUAUUUAGAAAUCAGAUUUCUAAAGGUUUAUCCUCGACCGAGUUUGGAUUCAGUUUUCUUCUUUUCCGAACGCGCUGCCUGUUCGUCGGUGAAGAUUCUCAGUCAUCCAGGUCAUAGUAUUUCUAAAAUCUCUACCUAGGCAACUGGACUUACUCCACCUGACCUUGUUGCACUUGUGUACAUUGUGUUGCUGCACAUAUUUAGUACUGAGUAUUUACUUUGAGGUCUCCUACUGUACUGAAAAUUCUUAAAAUUCAAAAUCUUGUUAAAAUUCAAAAUCUUUUCUUAUUCACUUUAACUCAUUUUCUUUAGCUGGUGCAUCACUGUUGACUGUAACUGCCUGAGCACUUCUCUACCUAUAUGUACUGGAAAAAAACAGCUUUUCUAAUUCAAUUUUGCCAUUUCAGACUCUUUCAAACUCUCUUUUAUUCCCCCCGCUGACACUUAAAAAAAAAAAUUUCAAGACUUACUAUUUUUAUUUACCUUCAGCUCUGUUUUCAAAGCUGAUAGGAUUCAACUGACCUCCAUUUUACUGAGGUGGAGGCACAAAUCUUAAGGGAGAUAUUUCAAAACAAAGACAAAUACAACUAUCUGAAUGAACAGAUGCUAUUUAAGUAAGAGAAAAUGUGUUUUUUUCCUCCCUUUCUUCUUCUGUUCUUCUGUUUGGGUGCACUGACUCCUUAAAAGUGUCUUCUUGUGAUUAAUGACUCAAAACUCUGUAGUGGACCAGCAGGGACUGCGGCACCAGCAGCACCAGUUUGGAAGCCAGACGUCUCAGCAUCUGGCCAAAUAAUCUUUUAUUAGCAACAAAUCUAUCAAACGGCUGGGAUGCUGUAUAUUAUGGUCAUCCUGUGCUGUGGGAGAGUAAAAAAAAAUCCUGCUUACUUCGCCUUUAAUUGCAAAGAUGAGGCUGAACUUCGAGACGGGGGAAAAAAAAAAAAAAGGAUGAAAAACAAAUUAAAAAAAAAGACAGUUUCAUGGCCG